AUGGGCCAGAUUCUGGGCUGUCAAAGCGAAGAAGCGGCAGCGCAGCUCAAAAAGUCCAAGGAAAUUGAAAAAGAGAUCGUACAAACAGAAGAAAUUCGAACGCUUCAGAAACUGCUGCUUCUUGGUGGGUGCACAUACAUACAAUUUACAGUCGUUGGUCUCGUAAAUUUCGUGCAAACUGUAAACGAACUUUCCAUAUGACUUUUCAGGGCCCGGCGAAAGUGGCAAGAGCACAUUCGUAAAGCAAAUCAAGUGAGUUGUAUGCGGUUUUUUCCCUUACAUUUUUGUCUCUUUUGAACUGUGUAAAAGGCCAAGUGCUCUUCGAGUUUUGGUUAGAUAUAUUAUUAUAUAAAUGAAGGGUGGUGGUGCUCAAAGUGAGGCCCUUACAUUUCAAUGAAAUAUGGCACAAAUUUAGACUACAGCUUGGUAAUAUUAGUAUCCAGUCUGUCGGGAAAAUAAUGAGUGCUUGUCGCUGCAAAGAUAUCGGGCUGUCGGAAAAAUAACGGCGGAUUAGCGGAGAUGACAGCAAAAUGUCUCGCCUCGCCGCUAUCGCGCACCAAAUCCCCAGCCGCGGCUUUCAGUCGCAGAGCGAUGAUGGGCGACUCCAAGGCGCGACGUUCCGCCGUUAUUUUCUCGACAGACUGAUAAUAUUGCUGAAAUAAAAAGCAAUUUGAUUUUGUCGCGACACAAUUCAUUUUUUCGGAGGCGAUACGAUUUUCAAUGCAACAGGCCAUUAUUUUCCCGACAGACUGAUAUUUUUUUGGUUCGCGGACCUUUUCUUCUUUCGCGUAUUGCAUUUUGAACUUUUUCCAAUGCUUGCGGCCAAUGCACAGAUCAUUUUUCUCUCUUCGCACAGUGCAAACCACAAAAAAGCCAGUUGCACUGUGCAAAUUUUUGAGCAAAACCGUGUAGAUGCAGUUUGGAGAAGCUAGUGUCGCAGCGAUAUUUGCAGUGCACAGUGCAAUAUCAGUCCGUCAAGAAAAUAUGUAGCGGGUCGUAAAAUGUGUCCCCUCGUCGAAAAAAGGUAAAACCAAAGUUGCUGCUGCAGCUAGCCGAUGACGGGCGAUUCCAAGGCGUUACGAAUCUAAGCUAUUUUCCUGGCGGGCUGAUACAUAUACUGUAUGCAAAAUACAAGAAAUUGUAAGGAAGCAAAAGCAUUUACUUGUUUUAAAUUAUUAUUAUUUAUCGUUGUACGCCACACGUCAAACUGAGGAGUCCGGUGACCGGAAUAGACUCUCCGCUAUCGGUUUUUUACACUUCUUCUAUUUCGCGAAGAAAGAGAGAAAAAAGACACGCAAAAGCGUACUCUCUCGCCCCAAAAAAUUCCCCAUUUCUUCCCCGACAAAACGUUUUUUCGCGUCUUUUUUUUUUGGCAAAUGGCCAAUCCAUUCACCGAACCGUUUUAGCUUAUCUCAGUUUGACGUGCGACGACCCGAUACCCCUAUUUUACCGGCCGACUGACAACUAGAAUUUCGAUGCCUUCUAACGCGAUUUUUGUCACCCGAUUUAAAAAGUCUCAAAAAAGGUAGAAUAUGUCAACCUACCUUCAACCAACGUUUGGUUCAAUAUAAAUCUCAGCAGCAGUUUGGGGAAGAACCGCUUCUGCAUUUGGUGCUAGUUGUAUAAAGGUUCCUGUGUGUUCAAGAUUCAAAAAAAAAAAAUCUGAGCCUCGCACUUUGACCGGUUCAUUUUUGAAGACCACCCUUUCUUUCAGGAUUCUUCACAACGACGGAUUUGGAAAGUAUGAACUGGAACAAAAGCGAUCCGUUGUCUUCAACAAUAUUGCUUUGGGAAUUCUGGAGAUUGUCAAAGCAAUGCCUGACCUCAAUUUGAUCUCAAAUAACCCGACAUUCGAGGUGAGUUCGAGGAAUUCGUUGUUGCCGCUUGAAAUUUGUUGUACAUAGAUUUUUUGUCUGUAUAAAUCUGUAUGACUGUAUAAAAGUUUCAUCAAAAUCUGAGCGUCGCAUUUUGAGCACUUCUCCCUUGAAUUUUAACGGCCUUAAAGUGUUGCAGAGCUACGUCGAGAUGGUGGAAAGGUACGCGCAGAACGACGAACACUUCCUCACUUUCCCCAAGGACAUUGCACACGCCGUCAAGUGUUUGUGGUCCGAUGAGACCGUGAAGGAGGCGUUUCAGCACCGGAGCCGGUUCCAAUGUUCGGAUUCGGUGGCACAGUAAGCUCAAAAAUAGUCGUCAGAUUUCACACAAAAGCACUUGUUUAGUUUCUUGGAUAGUAUCGAUCGAGUGGCCGAUCCGGCGUACACACCGACCAAUCAAGAUAUUCUCCAUGCUCGAGUCGCGACGACUGGAGUCGUGGAGUUCAAGUUUAAAUUUAAUGACAUUAACUUUGCGUAAGUCUUAAUCUUUUUGGGCGAUAUUUGGAUGUUGAUUAGUAAGGCAAAUUGUUUCACUUUGUCGGGGAAAUAGUGAGUAUUUGUCGCUGUGCCGAUUAUUUUCCCGACAGACUGACAAAAGGCGGCAAAAAGUCCUGGGAAUUUCUUAUGGCCGAAAAUUCUGCUCAGACCGCGACACCGUAUACCAAAAUUUAUUUUCUCGGUGACGAUUUUCGAAGCGACAGAGUGCUCACUAUUUUCCCGACAGACUGAUGAAAAACAAACUUUUUAAAAUCCAUUGAACUCAUGUCUUUUCCAGAAUAUACGACGUUGGCGGGCAGCGCUCCGAACGCCGAAAAUGGAUUCAUUUCUUCGACAAUGUGAACGGGUUACUAUUUGUGGCGGCCAUCAGUGAAUACGAUCAGACUUGUCGCGAGGACAACGAAACUGUAGGCACUCAAAAAGGAUAUUGUAAAAAAUCGAUAAAAAAAAUUUCAGAAUCGACUGGUCGAAGCGCUCCAAGUCUUUGAGGAGUCGGUAAACAACAAGUGUUUCCUAAAGACAUCAACAAUAUUAUUCUUGAAUAAAAUUGAUUUAUUCCGAGAAAAAAUCAAAAAAGUUCCACUAACAGUCCUUUACAAACAAUAUCCUGGUGAGUUGUAACAGGUUUUUUUAAAAUUUUAAAAAGUUUUUCCGGUUUUUUGUACGAAUUUAUUAACAAGAGAAGUACCCCCAAGUGCAACGCUCAAAUUUUUCUAAAAUUUUGCACACACGUUCCGAAUAGGCCACAUAGAAACUCCUGAAAAUUUUAGCCCUCGCUUUGAAGAAACAGCCGAGAUAUUCAACAAUUUCUAAGGCCGAAAGAACACGCGAAAGGCUGAGUGCGGUCAGAGAAGGAACACUUUUUUGAUCUAUAUCUUUGCCAGUUUUGCGAGGAAAAAAUUGAUUUUUUGUGGAAACAUUGUCCUUGGCGGUAGAAAUUGGCAUGAAACUUUUGAUGUCUAAAUUCGAAAAAAAAAAUUUAAAAAAAAAAUUUCAUUUUUUGCCAAUUUUUGGUAAAAAAAUACCGGUCUCUCUGCAAAGCGCGAGAGUCGCUUGGCAUAGAAAAAAAACUUUCAAAAUUUGUGCCAAGUUUCAUCAAAAUCUGAGUGUCGCCCUUUGGAGAAUUCUCCUUGUAAAAAUUUUUUGUCCCCUUUAAAAUUUAUGCAAUUUUUAGGUGGAAUGGACUACGAAAAUGCCAUAAAAUUUAUCCGAUCCCGUUUCGAGAAGGUCUAUAGAAACCCCAACUCCCUCUAUGUGCACGAGACUUGCGCCACGGAUACGAAACAAGUCCAGAAAUUGUUCGACGCCGUGCUGGAUCGAAUCGUCACACAGAACUUGAAAGAGACUGGAAUGGUGUAA